CUGGACAUCGUUAUUGAAGUGAACAAAUCAGCGCUGGAGGUUUUGCUGUUAGCGCAAGCGAAAAUGUCACAGAUGACCAAAGAUGAGCUAAUCAGUUUUCGUUUGGACGAAGCUUUGGGCGGUAGAUCACCAUCGAUAAUACGAAGAGCACUGAAAAGACUUUAUGGGUACUUUUCGUGA